GCUCGCUCGCGCUGAGGAAAACGUUGCGCAGGUUCCUAAAUGGAACGUCGGCGGCGUGAGGGAGCGCGAGGGGGUGUGCGCGCGUGCGCGUGCGCGUGCGCGCCCGGGCGAGGGUGACGGGGUCCCGGCCGCCCCGUGCAUCGCGCGCCGCAACCGCGGCCCCGCAGCUCCGCCCCCGGCCUGGCCCGGCCCCGGGCCCGCUCGUCCACCGCCCCCCAUGGAGCUGUCAGCCAUCGGCGAGCAGGUGUUCGCUGUGGAGAGCAUCCGGAAGAAACGCGUGCGGAAGGGCAAAGUCGAAUAUCUGGUGAAGUGGAAAGGAUGGCCCCCAAAGUACAGCACGUGGGAGCCGGAAGAGCACAUCCUAGACCCCCGCCUGGUCAUGGCCUAUGAGGAGAAGGAGGAGAGAGACCGAGCGUCGGGGUAUAGGAAGAGAGGCCCGAAGCCCAAGCGGCUCCUGCUGCAGCGGCUGUACAGCAUGGACCUGCGGAGCUCCCACAAGGCCAAGGGCAAGGAGAAGCUCUGCUUCUCCCUGGCGCGCCCACUCGGCAGCGGGAGCCCCGAGGGGGUGGUCAAGGCGGGGGCGCCUGAGCUGGUGGACAAGGGCCCCUUGGUGCCCGCCCUGCCUUUCCCGCUCCGCAAGCCGCGCAAGGCCCACAAGUACCUGCGGCUCUCACGCAAGAAGUUCCCGCCCCGCGGGCCCAACCUGGAGAGUCACAGCCAUCCACGGGAGCUCUUCCUGCAGGAGUCACCGGCCCCGGACGCCCUGCAGGCCGCCAGCGAGUGGGAGCCUGCUGAGCAGCCCCCUGGAGAGGAGGCAGACGCAGACCCGGCCGACGGGCCCCCUCCCUGGACACCUGUGCUCCCCACAAGUGAAGUGACAGUGACUGAUAUCACCGCCAACUCCAUCACCGUCACCUUCCGUGAGGCCCAGGCGGCCGAGGGCUUCUUCCGGGACCGCAGCGGGAAGUUCUGAAUCACCGUUUUCACUUUCCUUAAACUGUUUUCUUUUGGGCUUGGGGUGGGCACGCCCAGAGAUGGGGAGGGGCCGGGGCGGGGUAACUAUUUUAUUUAACAGUGUGGAGCAGGACGAGGGAGGCGGACCCCAGCACUCUCCCGCCAGCCUCCCCCUCCUCCGUGGGUGAUGUUUACAGGGAGGCCUGCGGGCCUCUGUCUGGCCGGGAGGUGGGGAGGCCUGGCCCUGUUCUGUCAGUCUGGGCGCCGUCUCCAGUGUGGACUGGGGACAAGGACACCGUCCCUCGGACCCCUCCAUCACCAUUCUCCUCCGGGGACGCAGCAGCGGGUCCUGGGAAGUACCACAGGGCGGGUGGGAAGGCCCCAACCUGGCCCCUGAGCAUCCCGCCCCUGCCUUUCUGGCUGAUUUCCCUCUUCCUUUUUACCCAGGGAAGAGGUCUUUAUUUUUAACUCUGUACUCCAGCUUGCGGUUCGGUUGGAGGUUGCCUUUGUCCAGUGUGAGGCGUGGAGAGAAGGGGCAGGAGGAAGGGUCGGGGGUUGCUGCGGCGUGUCCUCUGUGCCCGACACCCUCUGGGAGGGGCCCCUCCGUCCAGGGGCCUCCCUGGAGGUGGCUGCCAGCGGAGCACCUGCUGCUGAGAGCUGCCCCUGGUCCCCGCCACUGGCCUGGGAGAAACACCGGGCGCACACCCGGCUGCACGGGUGUGCACUGCACACCGCCGCCCCUGCCCUAGUGCGUGUGUGCGUGUGACUGCAGAUGUGUGCCGUGGGUGUUGCGGAUCUCAUGUUCAGAAACCCUGACUGGGUGACUGCGGGGUGAUUGACGGCAUAGAAGCAGUUGCCACGGGCACCCCGCACUCACCCCGCCUGGCACGGCCCGUCACGUGACAGGACCCGGGCCAGCUCCAUUUGCUGGGAGCUGCCCACAGGGCUGCGGCCGUGCCGAGGUGGCUUCUGCCGCUGCAGGCGCGCAGGCGUGGCUUCGUGGCCCCUGCUGGCCGGCCGCCGGCGCGUCAGCGUCCGUGCGGGCGGGCCGUGCACCCCGUGGGCCCUGUGCUUCCUCCCGAGGGGCUCAUUCUCUCUGACUCAGGGGGCUUCCCGGCCCUCCAUCGCCCUCUGUUUCUGCCCCCUCCGCCGGCUCAGCCAACGCUCCGUGUGGGUGUAGGUGGUCCGGGAGGGAGAGUGUCCCGCCACCUUCUCAGGGCAGCCUCAACUCCCUAACCCUUCCUCUCACACCCCGGGCCCCUCUGCACCCACCCUCCGUGCCGAAGCUGGGGCUGGCCUUAUUUUCCUGCGGGGGGCAGGGGGCUCUGCCCACGUCUUCCUGUGGUCACGCUGCAGUGGACAGCGGCUCAGGCAGGUCGCAAGCCCCACCCCACCCACCUGGCAAGGGACUGUGUGUGCCAGGAGGAAGGGGCCCUGGUUUUCCAGUUUGCACAAGCGUGCCUGUGGACUAGUAGCUUCCCUGGCAGUAGGAGUGACUUCUCCCCCCCAUGGGCGGGGGUGGGGGGUCCGGUGUACCAGGAGAGCGAGUAAAAGCCUGGCUUCUUCCAACCCCCCCCCCGCAGCUGCCCUCCCUGCGGGGGUGUCUCUCUGCUCCGCUGUGUUGUGAGGCAAGGAUAGGGCGGUUCCCCCUCCCAGACCCCUUCUUCCUGAGUUCCCAAACCAAAGACAGCCUGCACCCAUUUCUGUUUGGGGUACCCUGCUGGCAAGAUUCUCCAUUCCCUGGUCUCCCUCUUCUCCCUCCUUAAUUCUCUGUUGUCCAGGGUCAAUUCAGUGCUUCCAGUGGGGGACAGUCCCCUCAGGGGUGACUUGGUUCACCCCCAGCCCAGGGAAUUGAAUCUAGACGAGCAAGUGGGGGUGGGGCAGGGAAAGGCGGGGCAGCCGCGGGGCCUCCGGGAGGGGCGGUGGCUGGGGCUGGGUGCCGUCUCAGGACAGGGGUGCCCCGCAGAGGUCGCUGAAUGCUGUCGGCUCGUGGCUUUGGGACCUGGCUGGCCGUUCCCCAGGGGACACAGGACCUGCUCCUGCCUCAGGGGACUCUCAAAGAGUCACUGGUGCAAUUUGCAGGGUUGGGCGUUCGGGGAGCCUUGUGUGGGGUGAGGGGCUGUUCUGCGGGCAGCGGCAGGCCCGUCUCCCUCUGCUCUGUGCGGCCCCCGGGCGCCCUGUGUCUCCGGGAGAGCCAGAGCCCGCGGAGCCGGCUCCCUGGGGAGAGGUCUGUGGCCUCUGAGGGCCGCUCCCCCUCCUCCACCCCCAGGACAGAAACCUCUCGGGCCUCCUCCCGGCCCCGAGGGUCCCAGCUGGGCUGGGGCCGGGCCCGAGCAGGGCCAGGCGGCCCUGACCUCCCACCUGCCCCACCGCCACUGGAAGUCCAGCACUCGACGACGGCGUGGGGGCCUAGAGAGACUGGACCACCUGCGUCUCCUGCCCGCCCUCCCCCCCCCCCGCCCCGCCCACUUGAACGUAGAAAGACUGGGUGGUACUUGUCUCUUGCCGUGGGAUCGGACAAGGAGGGUGUUCUCCGCCCCUGGCGAGGCCCCUCGUGAGGGCAGCGGCCGAGCGCUGUUGGGCAGCCCGACGACCGUCAUGGCCCCCUCGGACCCACUGCCAACCGUCCCCUCCUGUCCUGCUGGGGGAGGGCGCUGCGCUUGGGUUGGGUGGCGGAGCUUCCGCUGCACGAGCCGCCCGCCUGGCCCGCGGGGCCCGGCGCGAGAAGGCCCCCUCCUCCGCACGGAGGGGCGGCCGCUUUGUUCAGACGAAAUGAAUGUACCGGGGGUCGGCCCGAGUCGGGGCGCACGCGCCCUCCUGCGUGGGCGCGCGGGCAGAGCCACGGUGGGCGCGGAGCUCGGCUUUAUUUUUGUACUGAUACUGGUCAGAGAAUGUAGAGCAUCUAUUUAUUCAGAUGAUUUAUCUGGCAAACAAGGCAAAAAACUAUUAACUACAUUAAAGAUGAUUUUAAAAAAA